ACCGAGCGGGCGGGCGGCAGCGCUGCGAGCCGAGGCCGAGGCCGAGCGCGGCGGGGCCAUGGAGUGCGGGGCCGGCAGCCGCCACUGCCCGCGCCCCCUCCGCUAGUCCGCAGCCCCCGCCGCCCUCCAGCGCCGCUGCAGAAGUAGCAGCAACAGCAGCACCGGCCGUCGUAUCGUCUACUCUACCCCUCCACCCCCGCCGCCGCCUCAUCUAUGCGGCGGGGCCGGCGGAGCCGCAGGCCUCGCUACCCCGCGAGGCUGCCCUCGGCCCGCUGAGCCCGGAACGCCGAUUGCACAGCGUUUUUGGCACACACCUCUGUUGGAUUUUAAUCUAUGUCCUGCUAACAACAGCUUUCAACUAUGGAAUCGACGGUUGAUGAUGAGGCGAUGGCAGCAUAAAUGAAGAUCAAGUAAGGAAGGCAGAACGAUGCCCAAGGGUGGGUGUUCUAAAACACCACAGCCAGAAGAUUUCUCUCUCAGCAACGACAUGGUGGAGAAACAAACGGGGAAAAAGGAUAAAGAUAAAGUUUCUCUAACCAAGACUCCAAAGUUGGACCGGAGCGAUGGCGGCAAAGAGGUGAAGGAGCGAGCGACCAAGCGGAAGUUGCCUUUCACUGUUGGAACAAAUGGAGAUCAAAAAGACUCGGAUACAGAAAAGCAGGGUCCAGAGCGGAAGAGGAUUAAGAAGGAGCCUGCCACCAGGAAGCCUGGCUUGCUCUUCGGGAUGGGCCUUUCGGGGAUCCGGGCAGGCUACCCACUCUCCGAGCGCCAGCAAGUUGCUCUCCUUAUGCAGAUGACAGCAGAAGAGUCUGCAAACAGCCCAGUUGACACAACACCAAAGCAUCCCUCUCAAUCUACAGUUUGUCAGAAGGGAACUCCUAACUCUGCCUCCAAAACCAAAGAUAAAGUAAAUAAGAGAAACGAGCGAGGGGAGACUCGGCUGCAUCGAGCUGCCAUCCGAGGCGAUGCCCGGCGCAUCAAGGAGCUCAUCAUCGAGGGUGCAGAUGUCAAUGUGAAGGACUUUGCAGGCUGGACGGCGUUGCACGAGGCCUGUAACCGGGGCUACUACGAUGUGGCGAAGCAGUUGCUGGCUGCAGGUGCCGAAGUCAACACGAAGGGGUUGGAUGAUGACACCCCGCUGCACGACGCAGCCAACAACGGGCACUUCAAGGUGGUGAAAUUGUUGUUACAUUAUGGAGGUAACCCUCAUCAAAGCAACAGGAAGGGCGAGACACCUCUAAAAGUAGCUAAUUCUCCCACCAUGGUGAAUCUGCUCCUGGGAAAGACCACGUACCCCUCCAGCGAGGAGAGCUCCACAGAGACCUCAGAAGAGGAGGACGCCCCUUCCUUUGCUCCCUCCAGCUCUGUUGAUGGCAAUAACACAGACUCAGAGUUUGAGAAGGGUUUGAAGCACAAGCCCAAGGCCCAGGAGCCCCCCAAAACCAUCACCCCGGUGAAGGACGAGUACGAAUUUGAUGAGGACGAUGAGCAGGACCGGGUCCCGCCGGUCGAUGACAAACAUUUGCUGAAAAAGGAUUACAGAAAAGAGACUAAAGCAAACAGUUUCAUUUCCAUACCCAAAAUGGAAGUGAAAACUUACACUAAAAAUAACACAAUUACACCAAAGAAAGCUGCCCACCGCAUCCUGUCGGACAGCUCGGACGAGGAGGAGACCAGCGUUGCUGUAGGGACAGGGGAGAAGCUGCGCCUUUCGACCCACUCGAUCCUGCCCAGCAGCAAGAUUCGGGAGCCCCCCAGCACAAAGCCACCCAAGGAGAAAAGCAAAGUGAAAAAGAAGCGGAAGAAGGAGACAAAAAGCAAAGAGGUUCGGUUUGGCAAAAAAAAUGACAAAUUUUGUUCCUCUGAAUCAGAGAGUGAAAAUGUGGAGAGUGAGGAGGAUGACAGAGACUCUCUUCAGAGCUCUAGCUGUGUAAAGGACUCCAGGCUAGUGCUAAAGGAAUCCUCCUUGUUUAACUCUCUGUCUGCCUCAUCGACCUCUUCUCAUGGGAGUUUAGCAUCCCAGAAACAUAAUCCUAACCUUACAGAACAGCACUCCAAGCACUGGAGGACGGACAAUUGGAAAACCAUAUCUUCUCCAGCUUGGUCAGACGUCAGUUCCUUAUCAGACUCCACCAGGACGAGGCUGACGAGCGAGUCAGACUACUCGUCCGAGGACUCGAGCUUGGAGUCGCUAAAGCCAGUCAGGAAGAAACCAGAGCACAAAAAGAAAAACACCUCCCACAACACCGUUCCUGAGAAAAAGAAUUCAUUCCAUAGCAACGUGGAUGGGGCAAUCCCAAAGCUGGACAAGGAGGGGAAGGUUGUGAAAAAGCAUAAAACGAAACACAAACAUAAAAACAAGGAGAAGGGGCAGUGUCCUGUCAGCCAAGACAUUAAAAUCAUCAAAACGUUUUCUUUUGAGUUUGAGGACUCUAAACAGAAGCCUGAGAAAGGCUUGAUAGUAGAGACAGAAAAUCCAGUCGAAAACAAGCUGAAAGUGCUAAAGCAUGAGCGGGAGCAUGGUAAGAAGGAGGAGAAGCUCCCCAAAGGGAAGGCAGAGGAGAAAGAAUGGUUGUUUAAAGAUGAGACUGGAAAAUCCUCGAAAGAGGAGAAAUCUCUAAGAAAAGUCAAAGAUGGCAGUAAAGACAUGAGCAAAUCCUUCAGAGAAGGGUUGAGUAAAGCAGAAAAAGAGAAACCUUCAAAGGAGAAGUCUCCCAAAGAAGAGAAGCCGAGGAUACACAAGGAGGAGAGAAAGAAGAAGUCAAAGGACAAGCAGUCAAAAUCUGAGAAGAAGAAUGAGCUGAAGGAGGAGAAGGUUUCGAAAUUGGAGAAAGAAAAAUCCUUCAAGGAGGAGAAAGAGAAAUGCAAGAAAGAAAAACUUUACAGAGAUGAGUCUGGGUUUGAUGAGUUCAGCAACAAAACCCAAUUUCCCGAAAGCGAGGACACAAAGUUCAGCCUUUCAGAUGAUCAGCAAGAGAGGUGGUUUUCAGACCUGUCUUCUGAUUCAUCCUUUGAUUUCAAAGGAGAAGACAGCUGGGAUUCUCCUGUAACGGAUUUCAGGGAGAUUAAAAAUGACACCAUGGCAAAGCUAAUCAUAGAACCAGUCAAAGAGGAAAUUAAAGACAAGAAGAAAGACAAUAAAAUGAAAGAGAAGAAGGAAUACACCGAGAAACGCAACGAGAAGGACACCUUCUUAAAGAAGAAAGAGAGGGACUAUGUGGACAAAAGCUCUGAGAAGAAAAAGGACCAAACAGACAGACACAAAGUUACUCCUAGUUAUCUGCCUGAAAAGGACAAGAAGAGGAAGGAUUCUGCAGAGGGUGCCAAGGAGAGGAAAGAAAAAGAUACAGGUGAAUCCAACAAGGACAGAAAAGAUUCCUCUGAUGGCUCUAAAGAUCGGAAAGACACCAAAACGAAGCAGGAGGAGCCCUAUCGAGAUGACUUCAAGGAAUACAGCUGUGAAACUUUCUUCAAGGAUAAGGCAGACCCUGAAUUCAGUGGUAAGACUCUGGAGAGUUGGGAGAGGCACCACUCUGGGAAGGAAAAGGAGAAGAAAGAUGCUUCAGAGAAAGAAAGAAAAGAAAAGGCAAAGCCAGAAAAAUACAAGGAAAAAUCCAAAGAAGGUGACAAGGAGAAAAAUGAAAAAGCUGCUCCUGAGAAAAUCCCAAAAGACAAAGAGCUGGAGAAGGGUUUCAAGGAGAAAAAGGAACCUAAGGAGAAGUACAAAGACCUGCACAGCAAAGACAAGGAAAGGAAGAGUUCCUUUGACCAGGUUAAGAAGGAGAAAAACUUCUCCACAGACCGAGAGGACUUCUCCGAGAAAAAGGAUGAGAAGAAGGGGAAGGAGAAGAGCUGGUACAGCAUUGCUGACAUCUUCACCGACGAGAGCGAGGACGAGCGGGAUGACUACAGCCUGACGGGCUUCAAAGUCGGCGACUCGGCCACCAGCGAGGUGCAUCGUCUGGACAGUCUGCAGGAGAAGGACGAGGGAGCGGCUGCGGAGAAGGAGCUGUACCCAGACAAGCACCGCAAGUACUCCUCCGACCGGCAGCAUUCUGGAGAGAAGCAGAAAGAUAAGGAUUCCAAGGAGAAGAAGAAGGACAAAGGAACAUCAGAAGGAGGGAAGGAGAAGAAGGAGAAGAGCUCCUUUGAAAAACACAAAGAGAAGAAAGACAAAGACUCUACUGAGAAGUACAAGGACAGGAAAGACAGAACGUCCAUAGAUUCCACGCAAGAGAAGAAGAACAAGCAGAAGCUCCCAGAAAAGGUGGAGAAGAAACAUGCCGGUGACGACAAGGUGAAAAGCAAACAUAAGGAGAAGCCGGAGAAGGAGCAUUCCAAGGAGAAGAAGUCUUCAAAAGGAGGGGAGUCGGAGAAGAGCCUGCUGGAGAAACUGGAGGAGGAGGCUCUGAAUGACUACCGAGAUGACUCCAAUGACAAGAUCAGUGAGAUCUCUUCUGACAGCUUCACAGACAGAGGCCAAGAUCCAGGACUGGCCAGCCUCUUCGAGUCUUCUAACCUUUCUCUUGCUGAUGCCACCGAAGAGAAGUUUAAGGACUCUCUGCCUUUACCCUGCUUGCAGGACAAAUUGAAGGAGAAAGAGCGGCACAGGCAUUCCUCAUCUUCAUCAAAGAAAAGUCAUGAGAAGGAAAAAGCAAAGAAGGAGAAAACAGAGAAAAAGGAAAAAACAGAAGACUUCAAAGACUCCAGCAGCAGAAAGGAUUCCACUCACUACGAGAAGGAUUUCUCUGUGGAUGGGGAAGCUUUUGGUGCUUCCUACAACAUGAAGGCAGAGGCUGAUGAGGAGCCAGAGAAAGGCAUUGAUUACUUAUUUUCUGAAAAGAAAGAUAAAAAUGAUUCCGAGAGGGAGCUGUCAAAGAAGGCGGAAAAAGAAAAGAAUUACAGUUCCAGCACCAUCAGCACAGCUAAAGAGAAGAAGAAGCGAGAUAAACACAAGGAAAAAUGGAAGGAGGAAAAGGAAAAGCAUCGGGACAAACAUGCAGAUGGCUUCUUUAAACACCACAAAGAUGAGCCAAAGUCAGCACUUAAAGACAAGGACAGUCCUCAAGUUACCGCCUUCAAAGACAAAUCAAAGGAGGACAACCUCAAAUUUGGCGAGACCAAGCUGAAGGAGAAGCUGAAAGAGAACCAAGAGAAGGACAAAUCGGAGUCAAUCAAAAUAAGCAAUGGGAACGAGAAAAUAACCCUUUCCAAAGACAGCGGCAAGAAAGAUGCCAGGCCCAGGGAGAAGCUUCUGGGAGAUGGCGAUCUGAUGAUGACCAGCUUUGAGAGGAUGCUGAGCCAGAAGGACCUGGAAAUAGAGGAGCGCCACAAAAGGCACAAAGAGAGAAUGAAGCAAAUGGAGAAAAUGAGGCACAGGUCCGGAGACCCCAAGUUAAAGGACAAACUCAAGAGCUCAGAAGAUGUGCGCAAGAGGAGCCUGGAUCUGGCAACAAAGAAGCCGCUGGCGCUUGACACUCAGCUGAAGGACAAGAAGCUGAAGGAGUUGGGCCCACUGACUCCCAUUCUGUCACCAGAAAACAAAGCACAACCUGCUGUUGGGACAGACUCCAAGGACUGGAUAACAGGUCCUCAGCUGAAGGAGAUCCUCCCGGCGUCUCCCAGGCCAGAUCAGAACCGGCCAACGGGAGUCCCGACCCCAGCAUCAGUCGUCUCUUGUCCAAGCUACGAGGAGGUGAUGCAGACGCCCAGGACUCCCUCCUGCAGCAACGAAGACUACACUGACCUGAUGUUCGAGUGCGCGGACUCGCAGCAUUCGCUGCCCAUCUCCACCAUGUCCAUGAACGCCUGUUCUCCAUCCUUCUUUGACAGGUACACUAACGUCUCCAGUGGGCUGCCUGAGAACCCCAGCCAGACCCCGACUCGUACCAUACCCUCCACCAACCUCUACCGUUCCAUCUCUGUUGAUAUCAGAAGGGCACCCGAAGAAGAGUUCAGCGUUGGAGAUAAAUUCUUCAGGCAGCAAAGUGUCCCAGCGACAACAAAUUACGACUCUCCGGUGCAGCAUUUAAUGGAGGAGAAAGUUCCCCUUCCUUCUGUCCCUGCUGAGAAGUUCCAGUGUCUGUCUCCUGGGUAUUACUCACCAGACUAUGGAGUUUCGUCACCCAAAGUAGAGGCUUUGCACUGUGCUCCAGGAGCUGUCAGCGGGGUCGCCCAGUCACCCGAAAGUGUCUUUUCUGGUUUACAAGCCAAAUCCUCCCCUUCACACAGAGAUGAACUGCUCGCUCCAUCAGUAGAAAGUGCUCUUCCUCCUGACCUCGGCAUGCCCUUGGACACCACGGAAGAGCAGCAAGCCACCGCCUCCAUCAUGCCACCAGAACCCACCUACUUACCACCAGUUGAAGAAAACCAUUUCACUUCAGCCAUGCCCGAGCAAAACAACAUAGACUGGGACAACCCUCCCAGAAACCCUGACACCGCCAUUCCUCCCAGCCUGAUGGGCAACUCGGCAGAGCACUCUGUCAGCUGGUCCAUGGGCUCAGAGCUUCUGAUGAAAUCACCCCAGAGGUUUUCUGAGUCCCCUAAACCUCCUCUCUGCUCCCUAGAGCCAAUUCAUCCCACACCGGUCGCCUUCAUUCCCACAGAUGCUUCCUACCCCGUGUCCCCCAUAUCAUACCCUCUGUCAGUGUCCGAGCCGGGGCUCGAAGAAGUCAAGGAGGAUGCUGAGGAAGCAGUUCCAGCAGAAAUAGCAACUGCUGAGGAGCAGGCUCCAUACAUGUCCCCUACUAGGUUAGACACAUUCUUCAAUAACUGCAAACCUCUUCCAGAAGAAGCACCUGAGAUACCUCCAGAGCCCCCCUGUAUGCCAGCAGAACCUCAGGCAGAAGUUGUCACUGCGCCAGAAAACAGCUAUUUGGAAAACAGCAACAGCAAUGCUGCGCCUGCAAAUACAGAGGAGGCCGUAACGUGGCCUGAUCCCUUCACCAAUACAGAAGAUGAGUUGGACCUCGGCCCCUUCUCACUGCCAGAGCUGCCUCUGCAACCCAAGGAUGUUGCAGAGACAGAGGUGACUGAGGCAGAAGCGGUAGAAGAAAGUCCAGCAGCAGCUUCAGAAACAAGCGCUGGAAUCAUCAAAGCGACCACAGCCGUAGUAGCAUCUGGGGAGCCUGAGGAGCCACCGGCCAGCCAGGCAGCUGCUGUCCUGCCUGUGGAGGCAGAGCCCCAAGCAGAGGAGGAGAAACCAGAAGUGGCUGCUCAAGAAGCCACCUCAGAAACACUGAGCGUAGCUGAGGAGAAAGGAGCGGAGGAGUCAGAAACACAGGUUUUCCAGCAGACCCCAUCUGAGUCAGCGCAGGCGGAGAGCAAAGAGGUGGAGGUCAUGAACGAAGACCUCUCAUCUUCUGGUGGGGUGGCAGAGAGCAGCUCCCAGCCCUGUCCUCCACCCGUGGCCAGCACUGAGAACGGCGUCUCGCAGGAGGGAGCUGCAGCACGUGGGGGGAGCCAAGUCUCUUCCUCACAGGCAGAGGCACCUCCGGCCAAUGCUCAAGCCGAAGUCACUGAGCCAGUACAAAAACCAGUAGCAGAGGCUCCCAAACCCCCCAAAAUAGAGGAGAUUCCUCAGAGGAUUACCAGGAACCGGGCUCAGAUGCUCGCCAACCAAAACAAGCAGAAUGCUGCUGCCUCCGAGAAGGAAUUUCCUCCCGUUUCGGCGCCCGCCACCCGUGCCAAAGGCCGCAUCACGGAGGAGGACGAUUCCCAGGCCCAGCACCCGCGCAAGCGCCGCUUCCAGCGCUCCAACCAGCAGCUGCAGCAGCAGAUCAACACGUCCACCCAGCAGACCAGGGAGAUGAUACAGCAAACGCUGGCAGCUAUCGUAGAUGCCAUCAAACUGGAUGACAUUGAACCCUACCACAGCGACAGGUCCAACCCCUACUUUGAGUACCUCCAGAUCAGGAAGAAGAUUGAAGAGAAGCGGAAAAUCCUCUGCUACAUAACCCCCCAAGCUCCCCAGUGCUAUGCCGAGUACGUCACCUACACAGGCUCCUACCUGCUGGAUGGCAAACCUCUGAGCAAGCUCCAUAUCCCGGUGAUUGCCCCACCACCAUCGCUGGCAGAGCCAUUGAAGGAGCUCUUCAAGCAGCAGGAAGCUGUCCGGGGGAAGCUGCGGCUUCAGCACAGCAUCGAGCGGGAGAAGCUGAUUGUCUCCUGUGAGCAGGAGAUCCUGAGGGUUCAUUGUCGGGCAGCGAGGACUAUUGCCAACCAGGCUGUGCCCUUCAGUGCCUGCACCAUGCUGCUGGACUCCGAGGUCUAUAACAUGCCUCUAGAAAAUCAGGGAGACGAAAACAAAUCGGUCAGAGACCGCUUCAACGCGCGGCAGUUCAUCUCCUGGCUGCAGGACGUGGAUGACAAGUACGACCGCAUGAAGACGUGCCUGCUCAUGCGGCAGCAACACGAAGCUGCCGCCUUGAACGCGGUGCAGAGGAUGGAGUGGCAGCUGAAGGUGCAGGAGCUGGACCCCGCAGGACACAAAUCCCUCUGCGUGAACGAGGUGCCCUCCUUCUAUGUGCCAAUGGUCGACGUGAACGAUGACUUUGUGCUCUUGCCGGCAUGACAGUUCCAAACCAGGAGACAUCUCUGCAAACUGGCACGGACGGGAGCCCUCCGAGGUCGGGCGGUCGAGCUCACAUUCACCCUUACCGCUUGCUGAUGAAUCCCUGGUCAGAGGAGGAGGAAAGCAGCUAUCAGCAGACAACAAAACAAUAAGGCAAACAAUUGCACUUUCUUCACACCGCGUCCCUCGCUUCCGGACUGCCGGCAGCUCCGCCGGGCAGCGGCCCGGGACCUAUCUCCUCUGCGGGGAGGCAGCCGGUCUGCGCCGCGGGCAGCGAGCACUCCCCGGCCCCGAGACUGGCAGAGACGUGGAGGGAGGAGGCCAAGGACACACAUUUUGUGUGCGUGUGUUGCAGAACAGGCUGCUGAGCGGGGCCAGCAACCACGUUGUCUCCGGCGGACUCGUGAGCACCGUGAUUUCCAGCUCUCUCGUUUUCCACCGCUCGCGGAUCUCCUACGGGAGAAGCUGCAGUAGGAAACCAUGGGGAGGGUGGGGGGGGAUGUUUGGAGUUUUCUCGUUCCAUCCUGGCUAUGUCUAAACCAGAAAAGACAACAAACCAAACAACAACAACAACAAAAAAGGAAACAAACAAAAAACCACAAAACAAUUCGAAACAACCAAGAAAACGAAACAAAAAAGGACAGCGUCCAAGCUGGGGCAGCCGCAGCUCCGGAGGUGUGCCGACGGCUCCGGGAUGCGCCCGCGGGAGGAGCCUGCUGCACGCCGAGCACCGGAGGGGGGAGGGUGGGCCGGCGGGGGCAAAAGAAAAACAAAACCCUAAAACAAAAAGGCAACGCAGAGAAAGGACUUUGCCAACUGUGUUUUUAAUGGAGUAAAAUCCAUGUGGUUUAUAUAUAUAUAUAUUUUAUUUUAUUUUAUUUGGUUUUGUUGGUUUUUUUUUGUUUGUUUUGUUUUGUUUGUUUGUUUGUUUUGUUUUCGUUUUUUUUUUUGUUUUUGUUUUCCUUUAAUCUUGGGCAUUUCGUUUCUCUUUCUGAGAACAUAACUUGAAAACACUACAGAGCCAAUACUCAUAUAAAGAAAAAUUGUAUCCCAUAAAUGCUGUACAGUUUUUAUAUACAUUAACAAUGUACUUUUGCUGCCUUCUAGAUAAUUUAUUUUGCAACACAUUACUGCACAGUUGUAAAUAACUUAUGUACUGUAACAUCACUUUCAGUUAUGUGUAAAGAAAUAAAUAAAUUAAUUAAAAUUA